UGGUUUACUACUAUCAGCCAACACAGGCACAGUUUUGUGGAGAUCCCUCUGUUGCAAUAAUUCGGACUUUCAAAACACGGUCACUGAAGAGAGUCAUCCACAAUCUGUUUGGCAAUAAAAAAUAACAUUGACAGAAGAAAUCACCGUCGUAGUUCCCCUUCGGAAACCAUUUGUCUGCUUUUCAAUGAGCAUUGACUGUUUUGGACCAGAGAUUCCGGUCCCCGUACCAGACACUUGUGACGGGACGGAGGAGUGGACACAAACUAAGGACCCUCUUCGCUACAGCCAGCCGUGUUGGAUGCAGCUGAAUAACAAGCUGAGAAAAAGAAAGAGCACUGGACUCUCCUGCUCCAUUCUGAGGACUGUCAUCCAUGUGGUGGUAUGAAGAGACUGUGAGUCAGGAGAAACACAAUCAGACGGGAGCAGAUUGAUAGAGGGAGAGAAAGAAAGGUAGAGGUGUGAGUGUCAAGGUGCCCUCCUGACCCCAAGGUGAUAGCACCAGUCAAGGCAGCAGGAUGACCAGCCUGUUCAGGCGAAGCAACAGUAAUGGAGGCUCCGGUGGAGGAGGAGGGGGAGGUGGUGGUGGUUCUACCCCAGGAGAGCUCAACAACAGCCGGCCUAACCGACAGGUGCGGCGCCUGGAGUUCAACCAGGCCAUGGAGGACUUUAAGAUCAUGUUCCCCACCAUGGAUUACGAGGUCAUCGAGUGCGUCCUGCGCUCCAACAACGGGGCGGUGGACGCCACCAUCGACCAGCUCCUCCAGAUGAGCAUCGACGGAGAGGGAUCAGAUGACAGCUCUGACUCCGAUGAUAGCAUCCCACCAGAGAUUCUGGAGAGGACAUUAGAACCUGACAGUUCCGACGAGGAACCUCCCCCCGUCUACUCACCGCCCACUUAUGACAUGCACAUCUACGACAGGAAGUACCCCGAGGCCCCGCCCACUCCUCCACCCAGGUUUGAGGCCCAGCUCCCUCCAGGUCACCGGCAGGUCCGCAGCUACAGGAACUGGAAUCCACCGUUGCUUGGCAACCUGCCAGAUGAUUUCCUGCGGAUCCUGCCACAGCAACUAGAUAGUAUACAGGGCUCACAGAGCAGUCUGUCCCAGCCUUCUUCCUCCUCUCUGUCCUCCAUCGCCCAGCAGACAACCCAGGGAGGUGUCUCCAAGCCAGGGACUGAUGGAGCCCUAGGGGCACCUGGAGGGCCAGGUGGUCCCGGGGGCAUGGCAGGGGUAGGCACGGAGCAGGAGCGUAAACUGAAGCAGUACCUGGAUGAUGAACGCAUCGCUCUGUUCCUCCAGAACGAGGAGUUCAUGAGGGAGCUGCAGCGCAACCGCGAGUUCCUCGUCGCCCUGGAGAGAGAUCGCUUGAAGUACGAAUCAAAGAAAUCCAUGUCCAAUCAUUCAUCCUCUUACAUGGAGAAUUCCACAGCAGGAGAGCACUGUGCUUCGAGGUCGAUGGAGGCCUGUACUGCUGUGUCAGAUGACGCCAUGUUCAGAGACAAACUCAAACACAUGGGCAAAUCAACAAGAAAGAAGCUGUUUGAAAUCGCCAGAUCAUUCUCUGACAAGACAAAGAGAAGAAAGUUAAAAAGAAGAACGCUCCUGAAGCACCAGUCACUGGGCACAGCCAACUCCACAGCCAACCUCCUGGAAGAUGUGGAGGGAAGCCCAGAAGAGGGUCAGCCCAGAAGAUCAGACACUCAGGAAGACGAUGUGCCACACAAGGAGCCUUUGUCAUGAUUCUCCAAGGCUGCACCACAUCAGGGUUUCCAUGGUGACAGCAGAAUGACCCAUGGCUGGUGGCCACGCAAUACUUUGGCUCCUCCCUCCUCUAACACAGACCAGCCAAUCCCAGGCCCAGAAGUGACCUGGGACCACCCCCCUCGCUCAGGAGGAGAGGAAGCAGACUGCUACCACCUAUCCUUAACUCUGACUGUUCAUAACCGCAUUGGAUAACCAUUAUAAUCUCUGUAUUAUAACUCUUCAUUAAUAUAUGACUUCAUAUGUAAAGGGCAGAUGCAUUAGUCUUUUGACAGUUCUUUUUUGUCGUAUCAGCUCCCUUUAAUCCCCAUUGCAGAAUGCUUGUCAGCCUUGCUGGUGAUGAUCUUAACAUAUGGACUCAUCUAGUGUUACCAGUCUAAUAUCUUUGAUAUGGCUGGGGUAGGUCACUCUAGAGCCAAAGUGUGCACAAGCACCUCUGAAAUGUCCCAUAAUAAACCAUGUUCACUCCCAGUACCCAUGUGUUGCUAUGCCCAUUUGGUCACAGUUUUAAACAGACAGUAACCAGUGAUGAUGUGGCAAGUUUUUAAACAACACCUCAACUAGAAUCACAGCUCAAUCCAAGUUCAAUCCCAUGUUUCCUGAAAGUUCAGGACACAGAAACAACUUGUAAACAGAGACUCUAAUAUUACAGUUGACUCCCCCUUGUAAAUCUGGAUUUGCCUCGGAGCAAUUUGACAGGAGAUGAUAUCAUCAGAGACCUGUGUGUGUCAGUCAAGGGGUUGUUAAGUUGCCCUGCUCAAAUGUCAACAAACCCUUCUGUUGCACCCUCCUAUAUCAAAGAGGCAUUCAAACCUGCCAAAAGGGUCACUUGUUCCAAGCGGGUCAUAUUUCAUCCCAUAUUGUUAUGUCAAUGUGUAACUAAAUGCCAAGUGUAACCUUUAAUCCCAUUUCAGGAACUCUGACAAACUUCUUAAGAUUUCAUGCGAACUGAAAUAUCCCUCAAGCUAACUGACUGCCAUAUCUCACUAUUCUCAUGUCUUUUUCAAUACAGCAUUUAUAUACUAACCCUAUCUCGUUGAGAGUAAGGAGGGGUGCAUAUUGCUGAAUUCGUGUUAUUAAUGAGUACACAAUAAUAUAACUAGUAGAAAUAUUUGAUAAACAAAUAUGCCAGUGAUCUGUGCACAUUGUUGAUAAACAUGUGUUUUGUUAUGUGGUGUAAUGGGAAGUGUUGGGUAUGGAGAGAGCAAAGCAGAACGUGAUAUGGAUGAUGCCUCUGUGAGGUGAGGACUGGCAUUGAUCUUGAUUAGAUGCUGUUGGGUAUAUCGGUAGAAAAGAGGAGAAGGCUGAUGAUGACCCAGCGCUGUGAUAUGAGUUUCAACAGACAGUCGAGCUAGAUUUAAAGUCAACCCUUUGAGCCACUAUCUGAUUCGCAAGGUUUCACAUUGAUCCGUCACUUUCCCAACUAUUGGAAAUGAUUACUGUCUUAUUCUGAAGCCUUCUCGCCGAAGGGUGCUCUUUGCUCACGAUCGUUAAAAAGGAAGGGACAGACGGGUGUAGGAAACUCUCUCCACCAUGCUUCUAAAAAUUCUGUUUUAAAAUUGAUGCAUAAAAGUGAGCAAACCAAGUGCACACUUUAGGGAGAAGGGUGGGGAAUUGGAACACCAAUUCAUUCACUCUACCUUCUUAAAUGGAUUUACAUGUAAAUGUUUGAUUUGCUACCUCUCAAUCUAGAUGGCUCCAUGAUUGAAACGUAUGUUUUUACUAUUGAAAUUUAAGAUGAUUCAAAUCAAAUCACCCAUUUACAGUUUUUCCUUGAUUUAGGAAUGAGACAUGUUUUAACCCCUUCUCUGUCAGGAUGUUGACAGAAGACCUCAUUGGUGAUAGGUCAUGUGUUGUAUAUAAGGAGAAAGGUAUGUUUGUUGAAUAUACGGAGAAAGUUUUGUAUGUACAAGUAUUGAUUGUGUGAAGGGAGGCUGAAAUCGACCCUUUCAGUGUUCUUUUUGAAGUCUUGAUGUUAUGGAUUGGGUUUGGAAUUAUGCCCCUUUGACAAUUUCUGUCUGUUGUCAUUUUCUUGUUUGUUAGUUUUGCUCUCAGCAUUUUUCUCAUAUAGGUCUUCACAAACUCUCUAAUAAAAUGUGUUUAUUGCCCUUGCCAUAAUGAAAAAGAUUUGCCAUAAUGUCACCCACUCCUUUAUACUGUUAUUGAGCGGCAGAUAGGGGGCGCCAUUAUCCAGCUUACUCAAACUGCCAUCAGACUAUCCAGACUUCAUUGUUACUGUCAUGCUAUUCACAUCAGUGGAGGAUGCUGAGGGGAGGACGGCUCAUAAUAAUGGCUGGAAUGGAGCGAUUGGAAUGGCAUCAAACACAUAGAAACCAUGUGUUGGAUACCAUUAAACUGAUUGCGCUCCAGCCAUUACCACAAGCCCGUCCUCCCCAAUUAAGGUGCCACCAACCUCCUGUGAUUUACAUUCAUAUCCAUAUAGGUAUUUCAAAUGGGUUUUUGUAAUAUAUACUACCGUUCAAAAGUUUGGAGUGACUUAGAAAUGUCCUUGUUUUUGAAA